ACAAUACUAAAACCCUCCUAUUACCUUCUGCUCUUCAGAGCGAGAGGCGCCGGAUUCCAAUCGCCUUCUCUCUCCGUCAACUCUCUCUCUGUCUCUCUCCGGUAUUGUUGAUAGGUAACUAUGGCGUCUGCGAAAGAUUCAGACCCAAUGCUAGGGUACCUAACCCGAAAAGAAACAGAGGUAAAGCUCCCACGUCCGACUAGGGUUAAGAACAAAACCCCAGCUUCAAUCCAAAUCACCGCUGAACAAAUCCUCCGCGAAGCUCGAGAGCGUCAAGAGGCCGAAAUCAGACCUCCUAAACAGAAAAUCACUGAUUCCACUGAGCUCGCUGAUUACAGGCUUCGCAAGCGCAAAGAAUUCGAAGACCUAAUCCGCCGAAUCCGAUGGAACAAGAGCGUUUGGAUCAAAUACGCCAAGUGGGAAGAGUCCCAAAAAGAUUUCAAUCGAGCCCGAUCUGUUUGGGAACGUGCCCUAGAAGUCGAUUACCGUGACCACACUACGUGGUUGAAGUAUGCAGAUUUUGAGAUGAAGAAUAAAUCCAUUAAUCAUGCAAGAAACGUCUGGGAUCGCGCGGUCACAUUGUUGCCUAGGGUGGAUCAGUUGUGGUAUAAGUACAUUCAUAUGGAGGAGAUGCUGGGGAAUGUCGCUGGUGCGCGACAAAUUUAUGAACGGUGGAUGGGUUGGGUCCCUGAUCAGCAAGGUUGGCUUUCAUACAUAAAAUUUGAGCUUCGUUAUAAUGAAAUUGAAAGGGCCCGAGCGAUAUAUGAAAGAUUUCUGACUGAACACCCGAAAGUGAGUGCUUGGAUUCGGUACGCAAAGUUUGAGGUGAAGAAUGGGGAGAUUGAUAGAGCGAGACAAUGCUAUGAGAGGGCAGUGGAUAAGCUUGCGGAUGAUGAUGAGGCGGAGCAGUUGUUUGUGGCAUUUGCGGAGUUUGAAGAAAGGUGUAAGGAGACCGAGAGAGCGAGAGCAAUAUAUAAGUUUGCACUUGAUCAUAUCCCUAAGGGACGUGCCGAGGAUUUGUAUAGGAAGUUUGUGGCAUUUGAGAAGCAGUAUGGUGAUAAGGAAGGGAUAGAGGAUGCUAUUGUUGGGAAAAGGAGGUUUCAAUAUGAGGAUGAGGUUCGGAAGAACCCACUUAAUUAUGAUGCUUGGUUUGAUUAUAUUAGAUUGGAAGAGAGUGUGGGGAAUAAAGAAAGGACUAGAGAGGUUUACGAGAGAUCCAUUGCCAAUGUACCUCCGGCUGAAGAGAAGCGCUAUUGGCAGCGAUAUAUAUACUUGUGGAUCAAUUAUGCUUUGUACGAAGAACUUGAUGCGCAGGACAUGGAGCGGACUAGAGAUGUGUAUAGGGAAUGUCUCAAGCUGAUUCCCCAUGAGAAAUUUUCUUUUGCAAAAAUUUGGUUGUUGGCUGCCCAGUUCGAGAUAAGGCAAUUAAAUCUCAAGGGUGCACGACUUAUCCUUGGAAAUGCAAUUGGAAAGGCUCCUAAAGAUAAGAUAUUUAAGAAGUACAUAGAAAUAGAGCUGCAACUUGGUAACAUAGACCGUUGCCGAACGCUCUAUGAGAAAUAUUUGCAGUGGUCACCAGAAAACUGCUAUGCAUGGAGCAAGUUUGCUGAGUUGGAAAAAUCUUUGUCUGAAACUGAGCGAGCCAGAGCUAUUUUUGAGCUUGCAAUUGACCAACCUGCAUUGGACAUGCCAGAAUUAUUGUGGAAGGCCUACAUUGACUUUGAGAUAUCAGAGAAUGAAUUUGAAAGAACAAGAACGCUGUAUGAGAGGCUUCUGGACCGGACAAAACAUUUGAAGGUCUGGAUUAGUUAUGCAAAGUUUGAAGCAUCUGCUGUGGAAGAGAAUGGCCAGGGUUCAGACUUGCCAGAAGAUGAUGUUCAAGAAUAUAUUCGCGAACAACAAGAGCAGUGCAUUCAGCGUGCCAGAAGGGUUUUUGAGAGAGCCCUUAACUACUACAGAACAUCUGCACCUGAUCUGAAAGAGGAAAGAGCAAUGCUUUUGGAAGAGUGGUUUAACAUGGAAAACAAUUUUGGUGAUCUUGGUGAUGUGAGUUUGGUCCGUGUUAAGCUUCCCAAGAAACUUAAAAAGAGGCGGCAAAUGGAGGCUGAGGAUGGUCCAAUUGGGUAUGAGGAGUAUAUAGAUUACCUCUUCCCUGAGGAAACCCAGACUACAAAUCUCAAGAUUUUGGAAGCUGCAUACAAGUGGAAGAAGCAGAAGAUUGUUUCUGAUGAGGAUUAGCAGGGUUUGCCCCAUAUGUAUUGUUAGUUAAGUGGUGUGUAGAUACUGCUAGGUGUUAUUGUAUCCCUUUUCAUCAAGGCUGGCUGAAAGGGAGGGACAUGAGAACUCCCUCUGUCACACAUUUUUAGCACUGCUCUUUGCUUGUGUAGUUUUGUUUUUUAUUUUCUAUUUUUUCCCCGUGACUAUAUAUGCAUGCCUUUGAUAAAAAAAAAAUGGCAAAUGGCAAGGCUAUAUUACAUUCAUUCUCUCAAAGUAAUCCUUCAGUAUGUGUUAUCCCCUGUCAAGCACAAGUGUCACUUUAUGUCUGGAGGUAAUAGUGAGAGUCGAAUUCAAAACAUUCAAAUUUAUUAUUCAUUUGGCGCUUUGUCUCAUUGCCGACGGGUGCAUCACAGUCUUUGUUUCUGUGC